AACGCCACCAUACGACCUCAUCAAAACUCCAAACUUCAGAAGUACAUUCAAAGCACAGCUGCAGCUGAUAGAAGAAGAGAAAACCAAAUCUCCAAACCUUCCAAAAAGGAAAACAAAACCCAGAAAAAAAAAAGAGUGAAAAAAUCAUGAGGGCUAGCAACCACUUGAUUGGACUACUAAAUUUCAUAACUUUCCUCCUCUCGAUCCCCAUCAUGGGCGGAGGAAUCUGGCUGAGCAGCCGCGCCAACAACACCGACUGCCUCAAGUUCCUCCAAUGGCCGCUCAUCGUCAUAGGGGUCGCAAUCAUGGUGGUUUCCCUUGCUGGGUUCGCGGGUGCGUGCUACAGGAACACCUUUCUUAUGUGGGCGUAUCUAUUCGUCAUGUUCUUCAUCAUCGCCGCCCUCAUCGGCUUCAUCAUCUUCGCCUACGCCGUCACUGACAAGGGCUCCGGCAGGGCGGAGAUGAAUAGGGCUUACUUGGAUUACCACCUGCAGGACUAUUCCGGCUGGCUGGAGGAGCGCGUGGCGGAUAAUAGCUACUGGGGGAAGAUUGCUUCUUGUGUGAGGGACUCAAAAACCUGUAAAAAGAUGGGGAGGACUAUGAAGGGUGUGCCUGAGACUGCUGACAUGUUCUACAACAGAAACCUCAAUCCUAUCCAGUCUGGCUGCUGCAAGCCCCCUACAGAAUGUGGCUAUAGCUAUGUGAACGAGACAGUCUGGACCACCGGAGGAGGAUUGGUCGGGACCAAUCCGGACUGCACGAUGUGGAACAAUGACCAAGAGCAACUCUGCUAUUCCUGCAACUCUUGCAAAGCUGGUGUCUUGGCCAGCAUCAAGAAGAGCUGGAGGAAGGUCUCUGUGAUCAACAUUGUUGUGUUAAUCAUCCUAGUUAUCUUCUAUGUGAUAGGUUGUGCAGCAUUCCGAAACAACCGUCGGAUGGACAACGAUGAACCCUACGGGCAGGCGCGGAUGACAAAAGCACAACCAAGUGCUUUCCAACUUUAAUUACAAUGGUAGAGAAUUUAAUACGUGGAAAAACUAUGUGAAAAGUGUAUGUUAAAGGCAUUUCGGGGUUGCAGUCAUGGGGUUAUUUGUCUAGUCAAGUGAACAUCAUGAAUUUGGUUUUAUUUUUGAUAAUUUGGCUAUGUGAAUUAUUGACACUCUA